AUCACCACCAAGCCUGCAGCAAGCACUGGGAGGACUCAGCUGACGGCCUCCCGACGUGCCACGGGAAUGAGGCUAGAGGAAGGCAUGGAUGUUCUCCACGACUUUGGAAUCCAAUCAACGCGCUACCUCCAGGUGAAUUACCACAACUCUCAGGACUGGUUCAUCCUGGUGACCGUGAUCGCAGAUCUCAGGAAUGCCUUCUAUAUCCUCUUCCCUAUCUGGUUCCACCUUCGAGAAGCUGUGGGUAUCAAACUCCUCUGGGUAGCUGUGAUUGGAGACUGGAUCAACCUCGUGUUUAAGUGGAUCCUGUUUGGACAGCGCCCCUACUGGUGGGUUCUAGACACGGAUUACUACGGCAACACCUCUGUGCCUCUGAUAAAGCAGUUCCCUGUUACCUGUGAGACUGGCCCAGGGAGUCCCUCGGGUCAUGCCAUGGGGGCAGCAGGCGUCUAUUACGUGAUGGUCACAGCCACCCUCUCUAUCUUUCGGGGAAAGAAAAAAUCUACCUUCAGAUUUAGGUGUUUGAACGUCAUUUUGUGGUUGGGAUUCUGGGCCGUACAGCUGAACGUCUGUCUGUCACGAAUCUACCUUGCGGCUCACUUUCCCCAUCAAGUUGUGGCUGGAGUUUUAUCAGGCAUCGCUGUUGCUGAAACCUUCCGCCACAUCCAGAGCAUCUACAAUGCCAGUCUCAAGACAUAUUCUUUCAUUACCUUCUUCCUGUUCAGCUUUGCCAUUGGCUUUUACUUGCUGCUAAAGGCGCUGGAUGUGGACCUCCUGUGGACUCUGGAGAAAGCCAAGAGAUGGUGUGAAAGGCCCGAGUGGGUCCUCAUUGACAGCACACCCUUUGCCAGUCUCUUCAGGAACAUGGGCACCCUCUUUGGCCUGGGCCUGGCUGUCAACUCCAGCAUGUACAAGGAGAGUUGCAAGGGCAAACACAGCAAGUGGCUCCCCUUCCGCCUCUGUUGCAUCCUGGCCUCCCUGGUCUUCCUGCACCUCUUUGACUCUUUGAAGCCCCCCUCCCAAAUUGAGAUGAUCUUCUACGCACUGUCCUUCUGCAAGAGUGCAGCGGUGCCGCUGGCAUCUGCCAGUCUCAUCCCUUACUGCCUCUCCAGGGUCUUUGGCCAGCCAGAUAAGAAGUCUUUGUAA